AUGACGCUGGAGCUAGGGGUGGAGUCUCUGGUUUUAACCGUUGAGAUCGCCGGACCUCAGCAGGCUGGGGCACCCUUGUACCCGCCUCAAACUAUUGAGGCCUCCAAGCUCGGGGGAAGCCACUGUCGCAACUCGUCGCCGCCACGCCUGCGGGUCACCAGGUCAGCAAGGGCGAGGGCAAUUGAGGAUGAUGAGCUCAUCCCCAAACGGAGUGCUCGCCUGGCUGCGAAGAGCAAGUACAGGGAGCAAAAGCCGGAGGUGCAAGCGAGGAAGGUGAUGAUGAAGCACCUUGGCAUUGAGGUGGAGACACAGCUCCCUGACGAGGCUUAA